UGUACUCUUUCAGCCUGCACUGUGCCAAUCGGCAGCAUUCCCCUACGGACAUCUCUCAGUGCUGGAAGACCAACAAGUUUUGGGCAGACCAAAGGGCGUCUUUCAGCAGCAGUUGUUGUCUGCCUCCGUGUGUGUGUAUGUGUGUGUCCCUGGGAACCGCCGGUAGAUCAGAGGAUCCUCUUACGCAGCUGCUGGGGAUGAACAGUGACUAGCACCCUUUUGUUCCUCAAUUUGAGGAGCCACGUUGAUUACAACCGUGUUCCCUCCCUCAACUCAGGUUGGCCGAAGGACUGUUUGAGUGCUCUCUGACCACGACUCUCUAUUAAAAUACACAAAAGGGAGUUCACUGCCCCUCCCCUCUGCGUCUGAGUCUGAAUCUGAGUCUGAGUCCCACAACCAAGGAGACGGUAUCAUACUUAAAUGACAGUCUCCGCUUCACAGAAGACAUGGUCAGGAGAGGUUUUGGCAUUGUCUCCGCCACUGGGAUUAUUUGUCUGCUGCUGAGCGGCUCCGGAGUUCUGGGACUGACCGCUGGGACUCCAGCCACUCGUCGUGUGGUGUAUGGGGCACUGGGACAGUCAAUCACUUUACCGGGAAAUAUGUCAGGAGAAAAUAUUUCGAUCAUUACUUGGGACUACAGAGAUCCAUCUAAACAAAAAAAGGUUCAAUUAUGUUUGAAAACUCAAAACAAUCCAACAAAAUAUAACAGAGAGAGCAUCAGGUUAAACCUGAAGGACUACAGCCUGGAAAUACAGAACCUACAGGACAGUGAUCAAGGUCUGUAUGAAAUAAACGCAAGGACAGAUCAGGGUGUCCAUGAAGAAGUGAUGGAACUGCAAAUUUAUGAGCGUGUUUCAACACCAGUAAUAAAUAUCAGCAAAGUCAUCUCAGAUGAGAUGUGUAAUAUUAGCUUGCACUGUUCACUGGAGCGUGGCACUGAACCAGUCUACACUUGGUGGACAGGAGAUGGCGAGGUCACGGCCGAUGAGUCACACGUAUUGACUGACGGAGGGAUGACUCUGGCACUGUCCUUAAAGUUGAAUGACAACACAGUGUACAACUGCACAGUGAGAAAUCCUGUCAGUGAGGCAACUUGGAGCAUGGACCUCACAAACAUGUGUCGAUCCUCUGAAGGUAACAGUCCACGGAGAACACUCCACAUUGGCUUAAUUACUGCAGCUGCUGUGGUAGCUUUCAUCUCAGCUAUUCUUUGCUAUAUAUACUGGAAGAGAGAAUCCAAGCCCAAUGAAGCUCCUAACACUGAAGGGAGAAGUGAAUCAGUGCUGUAUGCUGUGAUCGGGAGAACAAGCAAUGCCAGGGACCAGCCACAGAGAUAUUUACAUCAACUGGAUGCCAGCGAAGGACAGAAAAAUCCAAGAGCCCAGCUCACAACAAUAUAUGAUGAGAUAAAAUACAAUCCUGAUGUGGACCCCCUGCUGGCAGCAACAAAGGUGGGAGAGGAGUUCAGCACCCAACGUUCAUCAUCCGCUACAUGAAAUCUAACCACGGCCUUGAAGUGUGCCUUUAAUCCCAGCUUUUAUGUUCAGCUGCUUCCUGCACUGCCUACAGCUGAUACAACUGGCUUGCACUUUGGGAGAGAGCAGAGCAGGUGUUGGAACAGUUUUCUGAUUAGAAUGUGAUUUGGCAGGACUGGGACAAGCUGGAGAAAUCCAAGUAGGAAAUGUUGGAAAUAGCAAGGCCAUCAUUUCUAAGGAGAGAAGCUUCACUGGAAGAAAAGAGGUGAUGGCAUGGUUUAUUUCUAGUGGAUGAGUCUAUGAAGAAGUGUGAUGGGUUAAUAGCUUGUAUUGGGGGCAGAUCAGGGAAGGUUCAUUAGGUUGAUUCAGGGGACUAAAGGGUUAUCUUAUGAGGAAAGGUUGAGCAGGUCAGGUCUAUGCUGAUCAGAGGUUACAAGGAAAACUGGUGGCCGUACUGAUAACUAACAUUCUGAGGGGAUUUGACAAGGUGGACGCUGAGAAAAUGUUUCUCCAUGCAGGGAAUCUUGAACUGGGGGUGUAGUUUCAAAAAAUGUAGUCAGAGUUUAAGGUGGCAUUGAAAUGGAUUUUCUUCUCAUAAAGGAUUGUAAGCAGUUGGAAUUUGUGGAGGCUGAAUCAUUGUGUAUUGAAAGGUUGUAAGGUUCAGAUUUUUGGUCUAGGUUUUAGGAUUUUUAGUUGAGGGUUAUGCAGGAGAAUGGUGCUAAAGCCAAGGCAGAUCGGCCACAAUCAUGGCAGAGCAGGCUGGAGCAUCCUGAAGCAAACCACUGCUGCUUCUUAUAAUCUGGUAGUCGUGUUUUGCAUGAGGUGCCAACCACAGUGUAUUUCCACCAUUUCCUGUUUGUUUCAGUUGUCAUUCAGAUGUGAUUUUAUAUUUUAUUUAAAAUUAAACUAAACUUUUUUUUAAUGAAUCCA